ACCUUAGCUCUAGCUGUGUGCUGCUGCCGCCGCGGACAUUGACGCGGUACACGUGUCACCUGCCGAAUUGGUGUGGAAGGCAGCUCCAGCGGAAAAGACUGUCAAUUCGUCCAGGAAUUGAUGAUUUGAUAAUAAACUGGGAUUCAUUAGGUAAUUGUUGUCACUUGAAACAAUUGGUAAUGUUCAUCAAUGGCUUUCAGACGUCUAUCUCUCACCAGACUCAUCCUCUUCCUCAUUGUGAUAUUAAUCUUGCUCGUUGCCAACUUGUUAAUGCGGAAACAUUGUGACUGCUACGAAUUAGACCAAAUGGCACUCAAGAUCCAAGGCUUGAAACAACAGGUCGGGGUCCAAGAAGAACAACUCAAACAACGCAGGAGACAAGACGAUGACGAUACUGAAGAAGAUAAUCUUUCAUGGGGACCUCAUAAAUUGGCGGUCAUUGUGCCAUUCAGGGAACGUUUUGAGGAACUCAUGGAGUUUGUACCGUAUAUGCACAAGUUUUUAAACAUGCAGAAAGUUCGGCAUCAUAUCUAUAUUGUCAAUCAGAUGGAUAAUUUUAGAUUCAACAGAGCAGCUUUGAUCAAUGUAGGUUUCCUGCAUAGCAAGGAGUCCUGUGAUUACAUGGUGAUGCACGAUGUUGACCUUCUACCUCGUAACCGUGACCUCAGCUACCAUUAUGAGAGGAUUGUCAAAGGUCCUCACCACAUAGCAGCACCAGAGAUUCAUCCAAGAUACCAUUAUAAGACCUUUAUAGGAGGUAUACUCAUGCUCAAGAGAGAACAUUAUAUAGAGGUGAAUGGAAUGUCAAACAAAUUUUGGGGCUGGGGCAGAGAGGAUGAUGAAUUUUACCAUCGACUCGUGAAAGUCAAUUUAGAUAUAAGUAAACCAGAAGGAAUUAAGACUGGACCAGAAGAUACAUUCUAUCACAUCCAUGACAGUAAGAAGAGGAAACGGGAUAUGGUCAGGAUACAAAAUCAGAAGCAGGAACAAUUUAAAAAGGAUCUGGAAACUGGGGUGGACAACAUAGAUUACAAGCUCAUGAGCCAACAGACAUUGAAGAUUGAGGGAUCCAGCUGUACUAUACUACAUGUAUCUUUAAAAUGCGACAAAGAAUCAACACCUUGGUGUGAACACGAAGCCAGGUAGCACAUAGAUGAUGCGAAAGCAGACAUUCCUAGACAGUAGAAGCAACUUGACGAUACUACCACGUUUCUCAGAAGUGAUGUGGAUUUGAUUGAGUGGAAAGGCCACAGAGCUUCUGAAAGCCUGCUGCUUCUCACACAAUAUCUGAAAUUAAACUUUGUUAAUUCAGGUCAAGUGUAGCAGUGGGCCAUUAACUCUUUGCUGGUGAAGCCACGAUGCAUGUGACAUCGAAGUCUGAAACUCGUUAGCUUACCCGAGGUAUCAGAGACUACUUGGGUGUUUACCCAGCAGAGAUGAAAUUCACGACGGCUGUGGGGAUAUUUUUGGCCCUCAAAAUGUUCAAAAUCCAGAAGAAUUUCAAAUCACCCUCUAUCAAAAACGGUUGUGUUCAGCACAGAAGAUAAUAAAUAGAGUAAACAGAAAUAGAAAAAUGGCCCCCAUUCUUAAUGUAUAUUGUUUCAUUGUCUCCCAGUAACAGUGUCAAUCACCCAGAAUAGAAUUCAUUGAAGACCAACAAACCUAUAUUCCAUGGAUUUCUUAAAUGUUGGUAAAGUCAUUGUCUGACCAAGCAACCCUGUUCAAGUUUCUGAUGCUAUUCUUAAUAUUGCAGCCCUUUUGCCUGGAACAAAAAAUAUGUGCUUACACAAAUUACAAUAUUUUCUUUAUCAUAUUGGACUCCUUCACAUCAAUGGUAGUGAUGUUGUAUACAUUACCAUGAUAGAUUAAAGAUGAUAUUUUGAUUGCAAAUUAUUGUCUCUACAAAGCAAUCAAAAUUUCAUGGGGGAUAUACGUAUAUAUUUAUUAGCUAUAUUUGGACAUUCUAUUUUAUACAAGAGGGUUUUAUUGUGGCUAUCUAUGCAAUAUUUUAUUUACUGCAUCUCUGUUUUUGCAACUCAAUUUAUUGACGAACGAAGACCAUUUCCAUCUCAUUUUUCAGUACCUUUAUUUAAAAGUAUAGGUGUACCAUACAACUUGUCUUACACUUCUCGAUUCCCCACAAUCACAAUGCAGUGUAUGAAAAAAAAAGUAUCUUUCAUUCCUUUUAGUUAUAAUUUAAGUCUGCAGAGGUGCUAACAGAUGUUAUGCAAAAAAAAUGUAUUUUUUAUUGACAAAGAAAGAAAAAACAGGGUGUGAAAACAUUGUUUGGAAGUCUCUCUCCCUGAACAUACUGUAAUUGUAAAAGUUUUUACAUGUAAAACCCAUUUGAGUAGAGACUCAGCCUGCAUAAAGAAUGUUGGUGACAUGACAUUUGAUCCUGCGACAAUUGAUCGAGGCUUUAUUUCUUCUUAAGGUGAAGGGAUAGGGUUGUAAUACAGUACCGAAGUGUGACGUCAGUUGCCAUGGUGUCAUGGCGGGCUGGUUCUAUAAACAGAGUCGCAGCAGACGAUCGUCUGUACACAUUGGCUCGUCUGAAAAAUAGGUUGCAAGCGAUCAAAUUCCAAUAGCAACCAUUUUCUCCUAUGAGAAACACCUGCUUUCAUUGGCGGGUUCAUUUGUUUAGAACCAGGUCGCCAUGACACCAUGGCAACUGAUGUCGGCACUUCCGUACUCUAGGGUUUAGGGUUAGGUUUAAGGUAGGGUGUAGUAUAAAAUCCAGGGUCAAAUUAGUCAUUUGAUUAGUGUUUGGAAUUCACAGCCGAGCAAUUAUCGCCAGAGAAAACAUCAUAGAAC